UUGCUUAGAAGAGAUGACGUUUGAUGUGGAUGUUUCACAACAACUCAAAAAGUGUAUUCAGAAAGAGGUUUGUUCUGUUUGAAGAUUGUUUGACAGAUUUGAAGAUGGUGACAAUCCUCUUGUUACUCAGUGUCCUCUUUGUUUCAGGAGCUUUGGCUGCUUGUCCUGAGGGAUUGCCACUCAACAUCACUACCCCACAGAUGAUGGAAGCACUGAGUGGAUCCUGUUUGCUGAUCCCCUGUAAAUUUAUGGCUCUAAAAGAACAUGACUUUACAGGCCACAACGUCGGUGUGUGGAUUAAAAAUAACCCCAGAUUUGGAAACUCUCCAAAAAAUGUGAUCUUCAAUGGCAGCCGUCCAGACAAUGUCUAUUCAGUGAAGAUUAUCGGAAAUCUGAGCCAGAACAACUGCACCAGUGUAUUUUACCGUUUGCAAAAAAACUACACAGAUAAAUUCUUCUUCAGAGUUGAAAGUAAACCGUUCAAUGCAACAGCUGCUUGCCAUCCUCUUCAAAUAAACAUUACAGAGUGUCCUCCGAGACCCAGUAUUGAAAUGUCAGGUGACCGGAGGGAGGGGGAGUCUCUCACUGUGACCUGCUCAGCUCUCACCCCCUGUCCCCACUCCCCUCCCGAACUAACCUGGGGCCACAAACAACAGCCUCACAAACACAUACAGGAAAACGCUGAUGGAACCUUUACAACUCAAAUCCAAGAAAACAUCAGUCUGUCAGACAAACAUGAUGGAUACAACAUCACCUGCUCGGCCAAAUAUCCUGUGAAUGCAGGAAACUUUGUGGAGUCUCAACACAAUGUGACUCUCAACAUUUCCUAUGCCCCCAAGGACACGUGUGUGUCUGUUAGUGGGUCACUGUCGGCAGGUGGAUGGGUGAACCUGACCUGCACCAGCAGAGCCAAUCCUCCCGUCAACCACUUCACCUGGUUCAAGAGGAACCCGGCCGGAGCCACAAACGUGUCUGAAGGAGCCGUUUACAGUGUCAGUGCCACAGAUGGAGGAGUUUAUUUCUGUGAGGCGACCAAUGCUCUUGAUUGUCAGAGGUCACCCAACAUUUAUCUGAAGGAACCUCUACGAUGGGAGCCAGUUCUUGGAGGAAUUGCUGGGAUCGUCCUUCUCGUCUGCUCAUUUAUCUUUGUUUGGUAUUUGAGGUCAACACAUCCAAAAGUACAACAGACUCAGAGUCAAACAGGAGAAGAGCUGGUCAUCAAAAACUCAGCCACAAGAACAGAGGAAGAAAGCAUCCAUUACGGUGAGAUCGACUUCUCCCAGCAACGCGCUGGGCUGUCCUCAGACUCACUGCGGGACAGUGGGCAGCAGCAGGACACGGUAUAUGCACAGCUGAAUGUCCUCAAGAUAGGAAACUGAUAACUCCAAUGACCUCUACGCAGAAGUGAAGAAAAUAAUUGUCAUGUGUGGUCUGUGUGAAAACAAAAGAUAAAAAAAAACAUCAAACUGCUUUUAUUUUUAUUUAUCUGUGAUUUUCUUUUUAGCUUCAUUCAAAUAAAAGUCCCAAAGGCUUAAAUAGUUAGGGUUAGUCUACACAGUUAAGAUAAUAUUUCAAGUUAAAUUGUGUUAUUUUUUAAAUAUCGGGGUUAGGGGUCAAAAAUGCUCUUGUUAUGUACAAAUUGUGUCAUAUUUUGUAAAAUGUUUUUGGAAAACUGGAGACUUAACCCUGAAAUACAAAGUGUAGGACUCUGUCUUUUUGAGGACAUUUUGAUAAAGUGAGAAAGUGAUCCAUCCCAGCUAACAUGGAGGAGGCAGGGUUCAUUUUCCAGUAUCAGCUGUAAAUGUUCAGUUUGCAUUGGAAAGAGAAAAAAAUCUAUAGAAACAUUCAAUAACAGUUUUAUAUAAUAAUAUGUAAUAACAUAUAUAUAACUGUUCUUUCACAAGAAAAAUAAAAUAUAUGGUUCAAUGUCAAACUAUAAAAUGUAAA